AUGGCACAGGAGGCAGAGAGACCAGCAUGCGACUGUGACUUGAAGAAGCAUUCUGAAGAGAGCGGGCCUUGUAUUCUUGGAAUGAGACCAAAUGAGACGAGUUAUAAGAUGGAGCAGAAGAAGGAGAUGACUGAGUGGGUUCAGGCCGUGUUGGAUGCGAUUGAACGAGAUGAGGACGUGAAUGAGAACGAAGUGAGAGUUCUGUUUGAAGAGAUUCAGACAAAACUGCCAAAAUAA